UCUUUUUUUAGUGUUGUCAAAACACUCGCAGGACUUAUCCCUGCGAUAAACAGGAUCGAAAAGAGUGGGAAGACGGUAAGCCUUUCAGUUAGACCUAUAAUAUCUUUGACAAAUUGCUUCUUAAGCUAUUACCAAAUCAAAAUCUAUAACGUUCCAGCAAAAGGUUGGCCACGGUAUUCGACUUAAAACUGAGAACCAAAAUAGUUGUAAACAGUAACAAAUAUCUUCAACCUUAAGUUCGUGUCUUAAAUGUUGUCAUGUCCUAGCGCACUUGAAUUCCGUUCAUUUCCGAAAACCGCAAAACAACCUAGAGAUGAGCGAGAGAGGUUUGCAACAUAUCUUAAUAUAAAUACUUUAUUAUUUAUACAAUUUUGAGAUUUUGCUUUUUCUCUUACUGGCGGAACAAUGCGUGUGGAAAGACUCGCUUUAAGCACUACCUGGGUGGUGAACAGAAACUCGCCAUGUGAUAGCCACCGCAAAAAAUUCCAUGGGUCAAUUCCAAUAGAACAGCGAUGUAGUGAUCACAUUGUUAAAUUUGUGUUAUUGUGUCUGUUCGUUGAUAAUACUAAGCCUUCAGUGUUCAGUUUUCGUUAUAUGUACUUAAACUGUUUUACUUGUUUUUCCAGUUUAUUAAUUGUAAUCGCCUGAUUUUUAACAUGUUUCCGCUUAGGGGGGAUAGAUAAACCCCAGGCUACUAAUCCAUAACUCAUUUCCCGGAAUAUUGGCUUAUUUAACGAGCUGCACGAUCCACUCUGUCUGUCACUGACAUCUAGGCGGUACCCCUGUGCUUUAUACGGUUUACCCACCAGAAACAUAUCCUCUUGGCGUAGUAACUACCUUUUUAUCAGAAAAUCAUUUUGUUUCUCAUUUCGCUACAUAUUCAGGAAAGCGAAGUUACUCAACCUUAUAGUUAGAUCGCGCUCAUCGCUCUACACCGCCCUAAAAAGGCUUAGCACCGGUCACGAAGUGAGAAAUCCUCCGAAACCUUACAAAUGGUAUGCUUGAAAUUGUACCAUUCUUUUGUCCCUGAAAAUGCCGUAUAACACCGAGAUCGUAAGUUGAAAACAUUCGUUUCAUGCUUCGCUGUCAUAAGACGCGAACCACUAUCUCACUUGGAGGAUAACGUUAACCUUAGUACUAACACAAGCCAAUAUGUGUCUCGCAACAAUAGUAGAACUUGUGAUAAUGAUAACUGACUGAUACAGGGUUUUCUUUUAGCUCACGAUGAGAAACUCGACGACGCUGCUCCUCUUCUUCGUGUUAGUUAUGCUAAACAUGUUGAUGAGCGAAACACGGCGUCGACAUGGUAAACCCAGCCAAGACGAGUUAAGGGCAUUCAAGAGAUGUAAAGGCAAGGUGUGUGUUGCUCGAGUGUCAUUCUGUAUCAUAAUGAAAGAUUGCCAACGCUGCAGACCUAGAGCCCCCGGGCAAAAGUGUGAGUGUUGUGAAGACUGUUUUAGAUGCCUUGGUAAUCUCUGGAGAAAAUGUUGCGACUGUAUUGGUCUGUGUAGCUAUUUUUCACCUCCAAACGCCACGAGUAAACCCCAGGAAGUGCCAAGCACCUUCGGCGAUUUGGACACGUCUUUACCAACACUGUUCGAGGCGUCGUUCCAGGCGAUGAGUCAUGGAUCGCGUUUCCCCAUAGUGUUUAAGACGAGACCGCGCCAAUCUGAAACUCCUUUGUCACCUACUUCGGGGAAAAAAGGCUCUUCCAACAACAAAAGUGUCUGUAAAGUAGCUUUCCGUGAUGGCUGUGUCGUUAAGGAAACCUGCAUAAAGAUCUGCUCUGACCUUGGAUCACACAGAUACCGCUGGUUCCGGAAUGGCUGCUGUCAAUGCAUCGGACAUCAUUGCAGUGACUACGGGGAUAAGCGACCACUCUGCAAGAAAUGUCUGGCAAAUUAGGAUUCGAUAUAUUCACAGUGUCGGGGUGGAUUAUAAUAUAAUAAAAGUUACAGAUACAAUUUACAAGGGAAUUUUAUCGUUAUCUCGGAAAUCUCUCUAAAGCUUAUCCCAGAGUUUCAAAAUAUUUCCAGUUGCAACUAAUCGUUCACUCUGGAAUCCAAGCAAAAAUAGCAAGACAGCUACGAGAAGGAUUCUGGGAACAGAAUCGUUUCACCAUUCUAUUACCCAGGUGUCCCCCUUCGAGGGAUAGAGACUUAUACGUGUUAAAUACGCGACGAGAAUAAGAUUAAAAAGCUAAGCGAGGAACUAUUAAAUUAAAUAAUUUGAAAAGUAGUCUCAGAAGAAACCAUUUCACGUGAAUCGCUAAUUAAUGGUCAGAUUAGGGCCUGAUUUUCGCGUUAUUACAACAGACAGUUCUUCAGUCGAAACACAGCGUGCGUUAUAUCUUAACAAGUUCUAGUCAUAUGAUAAAAUGUAACAACUCAGUCUUGAUGACCGGUCGACGGGGCAAAUUAACUUAUGUUUAAAGGCUGGCGGAUAAGUUUUAAGUUAGUUGACCGUUAGCUCCAUUAUCACUCAAAAGACGAAAUCGUAUAUAUAUGUAUAAAAUUAUUUCAUCUCAGUUAUUUUAUAUAUCAUUUUACGCACUCUCUAUUCCUUUUUGACGCAGUAAAUAAAAUGAUUUUACCUCAGGAAACCUAUUUCUUGUCCAUGUGUGUAUUAAAAUGGUGUGGUUCAAGGUAGGAUUACAGCCCACCCUCUUUCCUCCCCUAACUCCACUCUGCCCCAAUCCUCUGAGUCCUCUCUGCCUUUCGGAACCGGGAUGGAGUGAGGAAUAUUCUACGCCUGCUGAGGGCAAAAAGCAGGGAACAUAUACUGCUGUAGAAAGUCGAAAAGCUUAAAAACGUUACGUUGUCAAAAAUGCUGCCGUGGAAAGCAGCUUCAAUUUUUCUAAAACUUUACGGAAAAACGGGGCGCAAUAGGUCGGGACAAAAAAGGGCACUUUUUCUGCUGGUCCCAAAUGGAAAAAUUCUCUGAAAAAAUAAAACGGAACAGUUUCCAGAAUUGAAGUCCCUUUUCACUGUUUUGAUGGAAUGUUCUGAAUAAUAUUUUGCACCAUAAAAAGUUCCAGGCCUUUUAGCGUUUACAGCCAUGCCAAAUUUCUGUUUGAGAAACAAUUGCUUUGUACCCUAACAAAAAUUCCCACUCGGCAAAAAUAUCAUGCAGGAAGCUUGAAAGGUUGACCAAAAUUUUCGAAACCCGGAAGACCGGGAGUGCUUGCCAUUUUUCAGAAUGAACCGGUUGGGA